UUUUGUUUAGUUUUACUGUCUGGUCCUGGUCCUGAUCCUGGUCCAUGGGCGCUGAGCAGCGCGUGGGGUUACAGAAAGAAAAAGAAGGAAGAGACGAUAUAUAUAUUUCGGAUUCUCUUUUGCCCUCCAGUCGAGUCCAGUCCCUUAUGCUGCAGACUGUACCACAAACCACAAUUUUACCGUCCCUGCCACCUCCCCACACCCAAUUAUCUGAUUCUUCACUUUUUUUUACCUUAGUUGAAAAUUAAAAGAUAGAAUGACAGAUUUACUUCCAUCACCAAGAAGGUGAAACUCACCGGUUUACCGGGAAUAGCGGGUGGAAAAGGGAGGUGGGGUGGGAAAGAGACCCCAAUUAGCUGGGUUUCAGAAACCGGAAAAGUAUAUGAGCGACUUUGAAGGGAGACAGCUCUUUCUGCAGAGUGGGAAAUUCAUGGCCACAUUCUCUCGCCUCCUCUUAUCUUCUCUCUACAGCUUCGCCUUUCCUCUGGGGGUUUAAGAAUAUAGUCAAAACCCGGAAAGAAAAAAAAGAAAGUUCUCGUCUUUGGUGGCGGUGGUGGUGAUUCUGCUUUCUUCUUGUUUUUACCUGUUAUAUAAACAACACAUCAAUUAUUUUAGUGGGAUGGAGUUCGAGGAUCAAGAGGAGCACGAGGAAGAGAUGGAGCUGGCCGGCGCGAGCUACGACUCGCUGGGAAACUCGGGUCGCGUAAAAAUGCAGAGUUCGGGCGGUGGAGGAGUAGGCGGACCCGAAUUAGCCGUUGCACAGCAGCAGAAGGGGAGGCCGAGGUACCGGGAGUGCCUGAAGAAUCAUGCCGUUGGCAUAGGAGGGCACGCGCUCGACGGCUGCGGCGAAUUUAUGCCCGCCGGAGUGGAAGGAACGCUCGAUGCCCUCAAAUGCGCCGCCUGCAACUGCCACCGCAACUUCCACCGCAAGGAGACCGAUGGACACCCCGGUGCCGCUAUCGGUUCUGCUGACCCGUACCUGCAGCUACCACACCACCCUCAAUUCUCUCCAUUCUAUCGGACCCCGUCGGGGUACCUCCACGUAGCUCCGCAGCAGCACAGGCCGCUGGCGCUGCCGUCGACUUCAGGGGGUCAUAGCAGGGAAGAACAGGAGGAGGACGUGUCAAAUCCAAGUGGGGGAUUAGGUGGGUCGUUGUCGAAGAAGAGGUUUAGGACCAAGUUCACACAGGAGCAAAAGGACAAGAUGCUGGGGCUGGCGGAGAGUCUGGGGUGGAGGAUUCAGAAGCACGACGAGGCCGUGGUGCAGCAGUUCUGUAACGAGACCGGGGUCAAGCGUCACGUUCUCAAGGUGUGGAUGCACAAUAACAAGCACACACUUGCUGUGCACUGAAAGAAAGAAUGGUGGUACGGGAUGAUUUGAAGGAAACGGAAGUGGGAAAUUGUGUUGCUGGCUUUGCUGAGAAAUUCUGCUACUUUCUCGGGAUUUUAGUUGGUUCUUAGGGUUUCGGUUCUCCUUGUCAUGUUUCCUCUCUUUUCGUGGUUACUUUUGUGGGGUGAUUAUCGAUUAUGGCGGUGCUGGUGUUUGAAUGGAUGUCGUCAACUUCGAUCAGAGUAGACUAUUAUUGAUGGCUAGCUAAUUUCUUUUUCAUUUCAUGAGUGAAUGAAAAAUCUUUGGUUUAUCUACAUGAUCUGCUACACGCUGUAAUGGCGCUAGUGGUAUGAGCUACGGAUGUUAUAGUAAGAUACAUUUGGUUUCAAUUCAAGUUUCUUUUAUUUCCAUGCAUCUGUACAUGAGACUGUAAGGUUUUGUUCAUCUUGAGGAAUGAGGACUUGCAUUGGAGCUAA